CAUCGCUUCACUGCAUUUGAGUUUCGGCCUCGAGCAGCAAACUAGAGCGUUCUUCCGAGCACUCACCGCGAGAUACCCGUUCCGCCGUCCAGCACGCGCAGCACGGCAGCGUCGGUCGCGGACAUGGUGGCGACAUGUUCAGCCGCCCGCAUUGCGGGAACUUGCCACGCGACCCACGCCAAGGCGCCUAGAGCCAGCCAUAGCCAGCCGUUAUCGUCGCGCGUGGCGGCACUGAACGCGCCGUGUCUGACUGGCCUCAGACGGAUCGCAUCUCCGAGAGAAAGCCGCGACUUUGCGGUGUCCGUCCGAUCGAGCGCGCGGGUAGCGAUGGCAGCAGCGGGGUCCGCGGCGUCCAGGCGCGAGCUGCCGUUCAGCAAGUACCAGGGCAUCGGCAACGACUUCAUCCUCGUGGACAACCGCCAUUCGUCGGAGCCGUUGGUGUCACAGGAGGAGGCGGCGCGGCUGUGCGACCGCAACUUCGGCGUGGGGGGCGACGGGGUGAUCUUCCUGCUGCCAGGCGCGCAGGGCGCCGACUACUCCAUGCGCAUCUUCAACAGCGACGGCUCCGAGCCCGAGAUGUGUGGCAACGGCAUCCGCUGCUUGGCGCGCUUCAUCGCUGACGCCACCAACUCGCAGGGCACGCAAACCAUAUCCAUAUCCACGCUGGCCGGCGUGAUGCAGGCACACAUGCGCGCAGAUGGCCAGGUGCGCGUGGACAUGGGCGAGCCCAUCCUGGCGCCCGCGCUCAUCCCCACGCUGCUGCCCGCUACCUCCCCUGAGGGCGCCGUGGUGCGCGCGCCGCUGGAGGUGGACGGGGUGACGUGGCAGGUGACGUGCGUGAGCAUGGGCAACCCGCACUGCAUCACCUUCAGCAGCUCCGCCAGCCCCGAGGGGCUGGACGUGGCCAGCAUCGAUCUGCACCGCAUUGGACCCAUGUUUGAGAAUCACCCCGCCUUCCCCGCUCGCACCAACACAGAGUUUGUGGAGGUCAUAUCGCGCAACGAGCUCCGCAUGCGAGUUUGGGAGCGAGGGGCAGGCCCCACCCUAGCGUGUGGCACGGGCACAUGCGCGCUCGUGGUGGCGGCUGUGCUGGAAGGCCGCGCCGAGCGGAGCUGCCUGGUGCAUCUGCCGGGCGGCCCGCUGGAGAUAGAGUGGCGGGAGGAGGACAACCGCAUCCACAUGACGGGCCCCGCUGAUCUCGUCUUCGCCGGCACCGUUGUGCUCUAGUCACAACACGAGCAUUGGCGAUGGCGGCUGCUAGAGCGGUGCUUGCAGGCCUGUGAUAAGGCUACGAGGGGCUCACAACAGUGCUGGGGCACUGCUGCGAGGUGCUGCGUGCUGCUGUCUGCCUCGACGUGGAUAACAUGCAUUGAGUUUAGCUUUUGUGGGCAAGAUAAAUAUUGCAGGAGCUUAUGAAUGACAUACAUCGGUGUAUGGUAUACAGCGUUAUCUGAUUCACAUGCCAAGAGC